GCAAAGGCCCCCGUAGCAUCCCAAACCGCUGCAGAUACGACGCAAUCCUCGGAGCACCCUCACCACGGCCUCCUCCAUAGGUACUGAGCGUACCUACUCCACAAUCAUGCCAUCCCCACCACCCUCACCCCACACCAACCACACACCCGCCCCCACCGACCCGCCCACCCCCAACGACUCAGUCCACGGCGACGAAGCGCCUCGAGGCCGUCUCAAGCGCCGCCGCCUCUCCUCGCACACGCCGCCUCGCGCCGCCUCCCCCUCGCGCGGCCACGACCGCGACUCGGGCAGCCGCCACAGACACCAUUACCGGAAGCACAAGCGCGCGUCGUCGUCGUCGUCGGCCUUGAUCGAGACGCCGCCGGCCGCGAAGAAGAACCGGCGGCGCAGCGACGCGGAGCCGGACCACACGUUCCGCGGGCGCGUGCGGAACCGCUCGGAGAGUCGGAGUCGGAGUCCGAUUUUGGAGGGGGAGGAGGACCGGGAGAGAGAGAGGGCGAGAGGAGUCAGGAAGAGGAGUCAGCCGCCGAGUCGGGGAAGGGAGGGCGGAGGAGAGGACGUGGAUAAUGCGAUUAGGAGAAUGAGGAGUUACCCGAAUCUGUAUCGGCAGGGGGCCGAGAAGGAGAAGGGCGGAGGAGUGGAGCAGGGGAUGAGAGCUGCUGUGCUGGAGGGGUAGAAGAUUGGGACGGGCUGCCUUCGGUCUUUGGGAUUGGCGUUGGGUUCGGAUGGUGGAAGGGAUGGCGUUUGGGAUUAUACCCUUGGAUGUUUCACAUGUUACCGCCAUGGUGUAUGUAUACAUAUAAUGCAACAAUCCGUCGAGAGAACCGGCAUGGUUCUUCAAUCCUUUUCGCAGAUACAGGCGUGACUCACGGUCACAUACAGCGCAGGGGUAUCCAAACUCCAGCGAAAGUGCUCUUGAUUCCAACUCCUUGCAAUGCGCGCUCGUCUGAUUCAAAUCCUCUCAGCUCGUCUCGUAGUCUCUCCUGCCACAAGAGAGAUGCGCCCACCGCGGCACCGUAUCCUCCUCACCGUCCUCACUGCU